AUGGGAAUCCUCACUAUGGCUUACACUACACCAGAGGAAAGAAACGGAACAAAUAUAUCUCAAGCUAUGGAUUAUUUCCAAUCCAACCUUUCAUCAACCCUUAGACCCCUGACUUCGUUAGGAGAUAUUUUAAACGAAUGCAACAAAAAGGGAAUUUCUCCUAUGUAUAUAUUGUUUCAAUCGGCGGUCAUUUUAUUUGCACUGCCAGCAAAUGCAAACAUGCUGUUUUUGUUUUUGAAGAACAGGAAAACACUGUCACCAUCAGAGGUUUUAGGUCUCAACAUGGCCCUGCUUGGUGUGCUGUAUUGUCUUAGCCUGCCACUAGACAUGGUUAUUACAGUAAAAGGACGCCUGGGAUUACUUGUGCGCAUUUCAAACACCUGUGCCAUGCUUAUGUACACUGGCUGCCCCCUCUUGCUGACCAGUAUGUGCUUAGAGCGAUAUGUGGCAGUGUCACACCCUGUGCUUUUCAUGAGGCUGGGAAGGUGGGAGUACCGUGCUGCCUGUUCGGCCAUCAUCUGGAUUUUUACGGGUUUGAUGGCAACAUUUACUUUCAUCUUCACCCUCGCCAACGUGGCUAUCUACUUAUCGAUCAUCAUGAAUGUGUUGUUUUUAAUAAUGGUGGCCUGUUUGUUGGGCAUUCUUCGUGUAUUGUGUAAAAAGGGCCCAGGUGAUGCCAAGUCUGGUGUACAAAAUGAUUCCCCACAAAAGAAGAGAGCUCUAAAGAACAUUGUGGUUGUGUUGGUACCCUCGACUAUAGUGUACUCCCCACUGCUUGGCCUGGCUCCUUAUCUACUAAUAGUUCAGGAACUUAUUCGGAAAGGCACAGUGAACUUUCCCUGUGGUCCUCUGUUUAUGUUUGGUGCCCUUCCAUAUUUUGGAGUGUGUAUUGGGCCCUUGUUCUAUAUAGCCCGGGUCAGGCAAAUGCUCUGUAUUUGGAAAAACCAAGCCAGAGACAAAAAGUCAACCACUAUAGACCAAAAAAACUAA